GAGCCUCUGGAUGCAGGCAGUGAGCAGGGAAGAGGCAGCCCAACGCAGCCGGGGACGAUGAGGAAGCAGCUGUGGCUGGAGGACGUUUUCAUCUGGCUCUUUAUGACCGCGACACUCCUCUAAGCACCUCCCAUUCCACGGGCUCUGCGGCUGCUGGGGGGCUUGUUGGACCGACCGGGCGCGCGGGGGACACGGGAUGCGCAAGACUUGACGGCCAGCCGGGAGGACCGACUGCUCCUCGCCUUCUCCACACCUCAACUCCGUCCCAUUAAUGCCCAUUUAGGAGGGCAUGACGCGUGUCCUGGCUGAUCCACGCAGACCCGACUCCGGUGUGUGAUUCCAGGUGAUCCCUGCUGGACCGGAAACGCACCUUUAAGGCCUUGAGAACACACAGUCCUGUGAAUGAUUGCGACACAGAGAGAAGCCUUUGAGGUGCGAUCCCGUCCGAUGUUGCUCCCCCCUCUCAGGGGAUGGCCAAGGUCCAGGAUGGACAUAAGAAUGCAUGUGACAGCAUUGCGAUGUUAGAGGGGAGUCAAGAUGGCGUGGACUGUGGUACUACCUUGAGUCCUGCUGCAGCUCGACAAGUUACCAUCCGACGGCACCCAACUCAAGGUUUCGGCUUCGUCGCAGGCAGCCAGAGGCCUGUCAUCGUGCGCUCCGUCUCAAGCGACGGACCCUCCUUUGGUAAGCUUCUCCCUGGAGACCAGAUCUUGGCCAUUAACCAGGAGACGGUGAGCGAGGCACCUCGAGAGAGAGUCAUAGACCUUGUAAGACACUGCAAAGACACUAUCGUCCUCACUGUGCUGCAGCCGCAUCAGUCACCUAAGUCCGCCUUCAUCAGUGCAGCCAAAAAGGCCCGCCUGCGAACAAACCCGCCAAAAGUGCGCUUCUCAGAGCAAGUGUCCAUCAGCGAUCCCGACUCAACAAUGCUAAAGGACGACGCCCUGUUACUCAUACCAAAUGUGUUGAAGGUCUUCUUGGAGAAUGGACAGAUCAAGUCCUUUACGUUUGACAGCCGAACCACUGUGAGGGAUGUGAUCUCUUCGUUGCAGGACCGCCUCUCGCUGCGCUACAUUGAGCACUUUGCCUUGGUGCUGGAGGCAGGGGGUCUGGACCAGAAUCAGAGAUUACAUCUGCUGCAGGAUAACCAGCCUCUGACACAUGUGGUGCAUCGAACCUACUUCCAAGGGAUGCGGUGUCUGUUUCGCAUCUGUUUCUUCCCUAAGGAUCCUGCAGAUCUACUUCGAAGAGACCCUGCAGCUUUUGAGUACCUUUAUAUACAGAGUCGGAAUGACGUCAUCAAGGAGCGCUUCGCCAUGGACUGGAAGUCUGACGUCACAUUACGAUUGGCUGCGCUCCACAUCUACAUCACUGUGUCCUCUGCAAGACCCAAUCAGAAGAUCUCUUUAAAGCACGUGGAAAAAGAAUGGGGGCUCGAACCGUUUCUCCCUCUCACUCUCCUUCCUACAGUCAAGGAAAAGAAUGUGUGCAAGACUCUGUCGCAGCUCCUGAAGACCUACCAGCAUCCGCCACCAUCUGGCAACAAGGUACCACCUCUCCAAGGGAAGCUGCAGUACAUGCGAGUUCUCAAUGACCUCCCGCCUUUUGGGGGAAUACUUUUUAACACUGUUGGGCUGGAUGAGAAACAGUCAGCUACCACUCUGCUUGUAGGUCCAAGACAUGGCAUUAGUCAUGUGAUAGACCUGAAAAAUAACCUCACAACAGUUCUGACAGAGUUCAGUCGGGUUUCCAAGGUUCAACUCUACAGAGAAAGCCAAGGUGUCGCAAGAGUGGAGGUGACGAUCCAUGAGGCGAAGUCUCCUAAUUCCCCUCCCUGCCCCCUCCUGCAGCCGCUGGUACUUCUGAUGGAAUGGCCAGAUGCCAGUAACUUUGCCUGCCUCAUCUCUGGCUACUAUAAACUGUUUGUUGACCCAAAAAGGACCAUCUACUUUCGGGCACCGGGUCAGGCCCAACUGACCAAGGCAGAUUACAGAGGUCACCACCAUGCCCACCCGCGUUCUGGGACGUCUGGCCUGCCAAGCGAAAGGCGUCGAGGAGACGACAGGGAAUUUUCUCACAGAGAGUCAGGUUCUGCAAGGACAAUGGCCCACGCAGAGUCUCAGCACCUGGGUCUGUGCCACGUCCACCUACGAGAGCAACAACUUUUUCAGGACAUCCAAACACACACGGAAGCCGAACUUGACAUCAAUGAGAACUUCAUUUCUCCAGAGCCCCCUGGGCGGCCGCGCACCAAGUCAGACCCCACACAGCAGAGCACUGAGGAAAUCGCAGCCGUUUCAGCGAGUCCUCCAGUGGAGAAGGCAGGAUUUAGAAACCGAGCCCUUACACUGGGUCAGAAAAACUCCCGGUACUUUUGUGACUCAUGCAAAGCUAAAAACAGGGCAGAGGGUCCAUUGACGGCUGGAAAAUACUGCUCAAGUGCUUGUGCAUCACGAGAUGGAGUAGCAGUUGAUCUCAUGGCACUCCCACCCCCAGGAAAUGAGGGGGAAGACGAGGAGCCCAGCGAGGAAGUGGAGACGCUCCAACUUCCACCUCCAGCUAUCGCCGCACCACCACCUGGCUUCAGGGACAACAGUUCAGAUGAGGACGACGCUAAAAGGGGGAAGAAAGCCCGAGUCAGCCUGGGAGUUGCGUCUGGAAAGAUGUCACAGGCGAAAGAGGACGUCCCCGUGACGCUGAUUGAUAGCGUGGCCACGCGAACAGUGCGAGAUCAUGCCCAGGAGUUGGACGACGCCUUGGUCUCCACACUUCAGGCACUAGAGGCUUUGGCAGCGUCUGAGGACUUCCCUCAUCACCAUCAGCAAGCAACACAGACUGCAGGUCAACAGCCUCAGUCAUGCCACGGCGCACAUCUUACUCAAAGGCUGAUUGUCUUAGCCGCUAUAACACCAGAGUCAUCACUGGACUCCGGGCAUGAGACCAACUCCUCUGAACUGACAGAUGUGUCGGAGAUGGUGUCAGCCAUGAAGCAGAGUCAGAACCAGGCGUACCUGUUGGCUCAUCACCUGAACAAGGAGAGUCGCCUGUGUCGCCGAGACUUCCCCCUCACUAUCCCUGGCUGCACCACAAAGGCAAUAGGAACCGGCGCCUUCUCCGUCGGGCAGAUUAGAAGCGGCUGUCCGUCCAAGCAAGUCAUCCUCAGUAAAACAGUUCCCUUUAAAGUGGGCCCCUGUCAGGAGUCAGCAAUAGUGAGUGUCGUGACCGAGCAGAGAAGCAAUCAGGACCUGGCUUCAAGUGAACAGAAACUGGAAAUAAAAGAAUAUUCUGAAUCCACAAAAACAAAUAGCCCCGACCCCCUGUCCAAGUCAUGCGUAGAACAUAAUGUUUCUGAUAAUCCAUUUAAAGCUCAAGUCAGUAAAGAUAAAAAGUCAUCAACGUCUAGUGGGGACACACUGUGCCAAAAGUCCAGUGAGGGCAUGAAUGGAUCAAAGACUACACAGCAAAUUGAGCCUAACAGUAAAGCCUUACCUCUUCUCUUGCCUCUGGACAGAAAUGCUUCUGUCAAGAUUUCUCUUACUAACAUGUGCCCAGACACCGCAACUGCCUCCAGCAAGACCAUGAAGCCUUCAAGCUCAGCAGAACUUCUGCCAGUCGAUGACCUUUUCUGUACAUGCCCAAUUAAACCGGAACCAGGGCCUCAGAUCAGAAUCAAGGACCCACAGGUUCAGAAGGUCGUGUUGUUUCAGUCCUCCUCCCCGACUGAUGACGAGCGGCUUCGAGCCAAAGGGCUCCAGUUGGCAAAUGGCAAAGAAAAUGCAGUUCAUUCUAGUUUGGUGAAAUCAAGCCCACAAAUGCAAACAAAACACUCACCGUGUUUGCCCACGAAAUCAGAGCAAAUGGGUGCGUCUGAAAGCAACGUUGAAGGUGCCCAGGGCAAAGCUCAGCCUGAUCUGCAGGGGUGCCCGAAGAAAUCAUUUCCUAUUUUGGAUGAUCCAACAACGAGUGCCCCUGCAGACACUGUUGCUGCUCCUCCUAACAAAGACAUAAGAAAGCAUGGCACAUUUAAAGGGAAACCCCAGCGCAGUGCCCCUUUUGUGAGCUUUAGGAACCUACUGUCAGCAACUUUUCCAGCAAGAAUGAGAAGGGAGACAGAUGAGCGAAGAGCUCAGUUGCAAAAAGUCCGUCAGUAUGAGCUCGAAUUUUUAGAAGAGUUGCUGAAGCCAAAAUCAUCCAAAGGAGAAUUCCUGCCCCAAGGAUCGUCACCGGUUCCCUCUGGCACUCCCUGUGCUUGUCAGCUCCGCACCAGCCCAGUCCAAAAAGCACCAGGAAUCUCACGAGAGCAGAGGCGAAGCUGUGACUGUAAGAGAAUGUGCAGGGGUAUGCGGCUUCCUGAUACGCCAGUUGGUUCGUCUACUGAGACGCAACACAGAGGGAGGGAGAGAACAACUCCGCAAGCAGUUUCCAAAGCCCCAAACACCCAAGGUGCAACAGGUAAACCUCAGCCUGUAGAGAUCAAAACAACUCGAAUUCGCUCUAUCAGCCUCGAGUCACGAGAGCCACGGGGGGAGCAUGGCCCACUCUUGCCAAGCAGCAACUCUCAACCAGACUGCACAGACGUGCCCCAAAAUAAAAAGGUCCAAAGGCGGUACAGCUUUGGAGAGCUAGAUAACAGCAACAACACACCCGUUUAUGCUGAGGUGAAGCCCAAAGCAAAGAGUCUGGAAAGGGAAAUGGAGAGGGUAAGGGCCACUGGACUAAGACUACCCACCCCUGUUGAGCCAAUCCACACGCAGUCCCACCAGACGGAAAGUAAGGGGAAAAAGGGAGUCUUUUUCAUCCAGGGGGAAGAGUUACUGCGUGAGGGCAAAGAGGGGGCCAGCGAGGUGCUGCUGACCUUACCAAGUGAAGAUGGCGAUGACAAGGACAAGUGCUGCUCCUUCUGUUUCUGCUACAGGAAGUGUGAGGCAGCAGAUGAAAGUAGUGAGAAAGAUGAGCUUUCAUACUCAAUUCCUCUUCAAGUCCUUCCAGGAAUGGAGCUGGAUUCAAGUACGUUCCCUGUAGUAAGCAAAACGCUGCAGGUUCUUGAUGCAGAGGACUGCAGCGGAGAAGAGGAGGUGGAGGAAGAGGAAGAACCACAAGCUCAACAGAUUGACUUGAGGACAUCGGGUUCUCUGGAAGGAAGUCUAGCACGAGUUCAAGCUCUCCAAGGGAAAAGCUUUAGUUUGCCUGACGGUUUUCUAAAUGCCCAGUUGGAUGCUAAUGAGUUGUUAGCUAUCCUCCGUCAAUGUGCCAACAACCCACAAUGUGAGGGAGAACCUCGUCUUCAACCCUCACGAGUUGCCGAGUACAAACAAGAGCUGGCAGUGCGUUUCAAAGAAUUCCGAGCCUCUUGUCGGCGCGUGGCAAGUGUCGAGAAAAGCCCCACCAGGAUGCUCGCUGUUGUAACCGCUAGCUUCCAGGUGUUGUGCGAUUUGACCCAAACUUUUAUCAAAUUGAUUAGAGGGGUCCGUUCGGAAGCCCAGAGGCUGCAACUUUUGAGAAAAGUUGAGGAGGUAGCUAUCAACUACACACUGCUUCUGCGCGCAGCAGAAGAAUCCAUGGGACACUCGAGCAGCCUGCCGACAAAAACUGUGAGUCCUCAAGUUUCCUCUGCCACCAAUAACAUGAGUUCCCUCACUCGACCCAUCAAAACUCUUCCUGCUCAGUAAGACUGGAUUUGAAUAAACUUAAUGCAUUAUUCAUUGACUGUUUACAUUUUUACAGAUCUGCAAAUAACCAUAGACUAUUUUCAUGCACAUGUUCCAUCCCAUGUUUACAGGCAGGAAGGAAGCCUUGUGGAUCUUGUUUUGAAACAUGCAUCAAGCAAAUGCACAAGUGAAUAAGAACUCUCCAAAGGACUGGGUGAUACCGAACUAAACACCUCGUAUUUUUAUUCACAAUAUACAUAGAUCAUCGUCACAAAUAUUUUAUAGUUCCUGUAUAUUUGAGUUAUACAUAGUAUACGAUAUAGAGUUAUGUGUAGAAAAUAAAGUCAUUAAUAUAUUUGAACUGUAUCAAGAGAACUAUUAAGUCGUUCUAAUUAACCAGAAAUAAAUGUUUUGUCUAGACAAAAACAUUUUUAAGAUUUUGUCAUGUAGCGAUUUCUGUACUUUACAUAGUCCAAGCCGUUUAUUAGUAUGAAGAAUAAGUGUUUGUAAGAGUUUUCUGUAGGUGGGGAAAAAAAAGGAUAUUUCUGAAGACUGUGUGGUUUACUGAUGCAAGAUGUUAGACAACAAAACCACUAAAGGGUUCAUCAGAUUUGACUACAGUAUGUGCUGAUGUUGAACACACCAUCUAAUGGCAGACAAUGUAGCUGAGACUCGAGUCAUAGUCUAUCAUUUGAUACAUGUACAUGCAUGAGACAGAAUAUUCACUCUGUACUUCAUGCACCGAUUGUAUAUUACACUACUCCCCAUCGCACAGAGCAUAUAUAUAUAUAUAUAUAUAUAUAUAUAUAUAUAUAUGAAAAUUCUAGAAUUUACAGAAUUUAGCUGUAACAUUGGAAAAAAGAUUUAGGAACCAUAGCGGGUUUUUCUCCUCAGCGUUUUGAAAACUUAUCUUGACACUAUACUUAUAACGCCCCACAGAAUACAUCUCUCAGUUUUUCUUGAUCACCUUGUUGAAUAAAAUAUAAAUAUACACGCUUUCUAUGUGCUGUUAAGAACUGUGCAAUAGCAAAAUAUUAGAAACACAAAAAAAGUAGUUUUCUAUGUAUUUUAAUAAAAGUAACAUAUCUGUUUCUUGUCUGAAAUGUUUUUGUCGCCCACUCAUGUUAUUUAAACUAUCACGUGACAGUUGCCACAUAACAGGACAUUCUGUUAAAAUAAAGUGUGGUGGAAACUGAGAAGCCAAGUUUAUGAAAACACACACACACACACAUAUAUAUAAUGAACCUUUAUUGAUUUUGUUGUUCAUUUGUAAUAGAAACUGACACUGCUUAAGUUACAACUAUCUUAAAUGGCUAAAGCACUGUGACAUUUUUGCUAUUAAACUUGUGUCUCUUAACUUGGUGCUAGGUGGUGAAAUCGAGUUGUUUUUUUCAUCGUAAUUUCUUUGUUGGCUGUAAAAUCAUUCAAAGUCAAUGUGAUUUUUUUUCUUCUUUAUGUUUCAAUGUUGUAAUAUUUCUGCAUUUAAAGGUCCCAUAUUAUGCAAACUGACGUUUUCUGGUCUUUGGUGAUCACCAUUAAUAAACUGCUGAUUCAUAAGUGUAUUAGCCUGUAAAUAAUCAUUAUAAAGGAGUGACUUGGCUCCUGUCUAGCCAGGGAAUAUUUUGCCCUGGGAAGGUCAGCGAAGGUUCACUCUAAACAACACCAUAAUACAGAUUUUUAACAGUAACUAAGCAUGUAAUUAGCUUAUAAUAGUUACUAUGUGUUAGCAAUCUUAAGUGUUGCCAAACAUUCAUGUGCCAUUACUUUCAAUAAAGAGACAGAACAAUGUUUUCCAUGUGUUUAAUAAACACAUGUAUACAACAUAACAGUUUCGUAAAAUGGAAUCCUGGGGGUGUGAAGACAGAAUGAAACAGUCCACAAGCAGCACACACUGGAGCCGAUGCUUCACCGUGUAGCAGGAAGAGAAAAAGGAAAACAACAGUAGAAGCCACAGGCAAAGAACACUGCGAAUAAUGGAGAAUGCAAGAGUGGUGUUGAGAUACUGAUGCUGAGAGUAAGCCUACUAUUGCACCCCCCACCCUCUGGGAUCUAGUAUCAGUUCAAAAGCCCUGGAAAUGAGCGCAGUAUGGGACCCUUAAAUGUGAUGGUUUAGAAUCAUUCAACUUCAUAUAGGGCAGUAUGAAGAAUGCUGGUAAUAUUAAUUCAUAGACAACUAUACUUCACCGUUCUGUCUUUUUUACGAUGACGCCUCCUUUAUUCGGUACAAUAUGAAUUGUACCUCAUUAAUGUGUGCACAGGUUUUGUGGCUCCCGGCAACACAACAUCAUUGUCCCAUCAUUUUUCACCAUUUUAUGGUAUUAUAAAACUAUGACUGAAAUAAACAAUGUUUGCGAUCAAAUGGUGAAUGUCCUUGGACUACAUGACUCUUAAAUGUUCAUCUGUGUGAGCCAACAAACACAGACUGUUUUCAAUUUCUGGAAACACUUUCUCUGAACAGUUUAGCCUUUCACUGUAAAUGUGUCAUUUUCCAUAACCAUGCUGUUUCCCUUCAUCCAGAUGACAUUCAUUCAUUUUCCUGGAUAGUCACAAUCGCUGUAGAUACUACAAACUUUACUACAUGGGGGUGAAGGUGUGGUGGCAGUUUGUAAAGUGUUGUACUGGCUGUACAUCAUAAAUCCUACUCUGUAAAUAUGAAGAUUUAUCAAGAUGGAAAGCUUUUUAAAAUAUUGUUGGAUGAUGUUGUCAAACUGUGAGAUUUUCUAAGUAAAAGAGAGUGAAAUGAUAGGAGUAUUUAUUUAUGGUAGUGAUAAAACAUAAACUAAUAGCAGACCUAUAUUUUAAAGAGUAUAUUAUCAGUGUAAAGCAUGAGACAUUUAUUUUUCUAAGCAAACUCUCACUCUAGUCAGCACCUGUUCUACCAACCUUGCUGUGGCUGUCAUUGUUCUGUUAAACAGUCCAAUUCUGUAUGUGUUUCAUUCACAUUAGGAGGCUGCUAUGUUUUUGCCCAUUGUUUCAUCUUUCUUGAAUAUGAUUCUUUUCCCCUCGGUUUUCCUGUCAAUGAUCCUGUCAGCACUACGGUCUUCUGUCUGUACAAAGAGUUGUCACAUGUUUUAACAGCAAUAAAGAACAUUGU